AUGUCUUCUGAACAACCUCUACACGUUGUUAUACGCAUCCCGUAUAAAAGACCUCCGGGCUUUGUGGAACCUCCUGCCGAAAUGGAACAAAGAUUAUGGGAAAUACUCACACACAACAAAGAUCAAAAUAUAGAUUGGAAUUCUGCUUCUCGACUCUUAAAUGUGCCAGUUCCAUAUCUUUUGCGUCAUGCUGCUUUUUUAUAUGAAAAUCAACUUCGUGGUGUUAAAAUGCAAUUACGUCGAGAUGAAGCAAUGAGUUCCAGCAAUAUUAGCGGUUCACAUGGGAAUCGUAACAGAGCUUCAAGUUUAAUUGAUGGAAGCCCUAGACCACCAUCUGCUCUGUCUAGCAUAAGCAGAGAUCAAUUUACACCAGCACGUGCAGUUUAUACUGGGUCUCCAGAUAUGAUGCGAACCGGAAGUAAUACCAGUUUGUCAGAUGGCAAGAAAUUAGUUAGUGGAUCAAUUUCUUCUUCAAUCACCGUAACUCAAUCUUUAAAUGAAGCGAAGCAGACACAAGUUACGCCUUCUCCUCCCCAGAACGGAUCCCCUACUUUCUCUAGACGACCAUUGUCUACCUCAUCUUCCGUUUCAACGAUUACUACCAUUGACCCCAUUUCUAGGCAGCCUGCUCAAAUGGCACCCAGGCAAGAUAGUUUUCCUGCUACUAAUUUAUCUACUAUAGAAUCAUCCACUACAACUUCAUUCGCGACUCCUGCUGCAUCAUUGACUAUGCCGUUGUCGCGAACUUUAUCAAAUCUCUCAUCACCUGGUGCUCAAGACUUACCGGGGAGCGUCAUGAUUCACACAGCCGAUCCGAAUAAUGAUUAUACUGAAGAAUUUUUAGAAGAAGAAAGGAUUGAUAGCUUAGGGCAAAGCAAUGAACUUUCGCUAAGUGACAAACUGGCUCAAUUGAAUACUCAAGCUUAUCCUGCUUUCUUACCAAUUGGGCUCAAUACACUGGGCACAGAUCAGUAUGAUGGUUUACGUGAGAAUUUAUUUUCUUAUUACUAUAAGAGAAUUUCUGAUAAAGCUAUUUACAAGUUCAUGUCUUUGAAUAUUAAAGGACCCCCACCAUUUAAUAAGGGCGGAUACCCUAAUGCGCAUGACUCAACAAAUUCAUCAUGUUCCCUCAGCGAGCUUGAUUCUAUUACUCUGUCUGAAAUGGGAAGUGCAUAUCUGGAGGAAUCUUCGAAUUCAAAACUGUGA